AUGGAGGCGUCGUGCGAUGUGUCGGGGACGGUGGACGCGGGAGAGGUGGAGUUGGAGGCGGAGGCGGCGGGCGACGAAGCGCGCGCGUUCGACGCGGCGAAGAAUCUCGCGCUCGUCUCUCCGUUCUUCCUGUGGGGGACGUCCAUGGUGGCGAUGAAAGAAGUGUUACCCGUGACGUCACCCAUGUUCGUCGCGUCGGUGCGGUUGAUUCCGGCGGGGUUGAUUUUGGUCGCGUGGGCGGUGAGUAAAGGUCGGCCGAUGCCGAAGACAGCCGAGGCGUGGUCAGCCAUCGCCGCCUUUGCGCUCGUCGACGCGACCAUGUUCCAGGGGUUCCUCGCGGAAGGGUUGACGCGCACGAGCGCUGGAUUAGGAUCGGUGAUAAUUGAUUCGCAGCCGCUCACGGUUGCUAUUUUGGCGUCGAUUCUCUUCGGCGAGACGCUCGGCGCGGAGGGUGUUCUCGGGCUCGUUCUCGGGGUUUUAGGUUUGGUGUUGCUCGAGCUCCCGGAAGAGGCGCUAGGUUCGGUGAUGAACGGCGGCGGUGUGGCUGGUUUAGCGUCGACACUUCACAUUCAGGAUUCGCUUUGGGAUAACGGAGAGUUUUGGAUGCUCCUCGCGGCACAGUCGAUGGCAAUCGGAACCGUCAUGGUGCGAUGGGUAUGCAAAUACGUCGAUCCCGUCAUGGCCACUGGGUGGCACAUGGCGCUCGGAGGCCUUCCGCUCCUCGCAUACUCGCUCGCGAGCGAACAGGAGAUGUACGCAAACAUGUCCUUGACUGGCGGAGACGUCGCUUCGCUCACGUACGCCUCCGUGUUCGGCGGCGCCAUCGCUUACGGCGCCUUCUUUUACUUCGCCACCAAGGGCUCUCUCACUAAGCUCAGUUCACUGACGUUCUUGACCCCGAUGUUCGCCUCAGCACUCGGAUACGUCACCUUGGAAGAGACGCUCAGCGGCCCGCAGCUCGUAGGAGCCGCAGUGACUCUGGUUGGCAUUUACUUUGUGAACACGCGCGCCAAGGAGGCCGCACCGACAAAUAAAUGA